AACACCGGGACAUCUUACUUAUCUUUCCGGGAUUUACUGUUUUCGCUCGGUCUUGCCACUGCACCGGGGAAGUUUGCGAAACCCCGACAAGUUGCGGCCGCUAAGGUUGGGUGUGUUGUGCUACACGCUUGUGCGGCAGCGGAAACAGCGUGCAGAAGCAGCACUGCUAAAUAACAGGUCCCGGGACAUCACGGGAACGGUGCAUUUCUGCAGGGAGUAGGUCGCGCUUUCCUAAGAUGUUGGACGGUAUAAAGCUGGAGGAUCAUCCUCUGCGGUCGGGGCCGGCUACACUGGGCGUCAUGUUGGCAGGAACCGACUGUCAGCACCGUGCCGUGUGUGAGGGAUGCGCGCGGCCCAUCGCCGACCGUUUUCUCAUGCGAGUCAACGACUCGUCCUGGCACGAGGAGUGCUUGCAGUGUGCCGUGUGUCAACAGCCCCUCACCACGAGUUGCUACUUCCGGGAGAGGAAACUGUACUGUAAACACGACUAUCAACAGCUGUUUGCCACUAAGUGCAGCGGCUGCCUGGAGAAGAUCGCCCCCACGGAGUUUGUGAUGCGUGCGCUGGAGUGUGUGUACCACCUCAACUGCUUCUGCUGCUGCGUGUGCGACCGGCAGCUACGGAAGGGCGACGAGUUUGUGCUGAAAGACGGACAGCUGCUCUGCAAGACCGACUACGAGAAGGAGAAGGACCUGCUGGGCUCGGUCAGCCCCGACGAAUCAGACUCCGAGAAGACCGAUGAUGAGGAUCUGGACAUUAAGCCGGAGAAGGGCGCGGUGGGGCCAGGGAAGGGGGACGAUGGGAAGGAUCCUCGGAGGCCGAAGAGGCCUCGCACCAUCCUCACCACCCAGCAGCGGCGCGCUUUCAAAGCCUCCUUUGAGGUGUCCUCCAAGCCUUGCAGAAAAGUCAGAGAGACUCUGGCUGCAGAGACCGGACUCAGUGUUCGUGUGGUUCAGGUCUGGUUCCAGAAUCAGAGAGCUAAGAUGAAGAAACUGGCAAGAAGACAACAGCAGCAGCAAGAGCAGCAGAACUCCCAGAGACUUGGACAAGAGGUGAUGUCGAACCGCAUGGAGGGGAUGAUGGGCUCCUACACCCCCCUGGCCCCCUCUCAGCAGCAGCUGGUUUCCAUGGAGACCAACGGCUACAGCGCCGAUGCCUUCCAGCAGGGCCUCACCCCACCACAGAUGCCCGGGGACCACAUGAACCCAUAUGGAAGUGACUCCAUCUUCCACGACAUCGACAGCGACACAUCCCUCACCAGCCUCAGUGACUGCUUCCUGACCUCCUCCGAGGUCAGCUCCCUGCAAGCGCGCGUGGGAAACCCCAUCGACCGACUCUACUCCAUGCAGAGCUCGUACUUCGCCUCAUGAAACUGAGCCAUCCCGAUACCUUCGCUGCCCAUGCCAACGGCCACCGUAACUCUCCCCUCCCAGACUCCAACACAGAACCCACAGAGAAUCGGCCAACGCAGAGUGGGCACAACAUCAGGAAUCCCACGAGAACUCAACGGAACCUUGAGAUCAGCACAGGACAGACCCCAAAAGAGUAACAUUGUACUCCCAGGAACCUUCACUGCUGGAGUGAAGACAACAUCCUACAGAAGCAGAACUUGGCACAUAACCAAUCACAAUGCAUAGAACCCCCGAAGAGUUCCACACAACCAAUGACAAUGUAGAGAUAACCAGAGAGACAACUAAUCAAAAUGUAGAGUUUUCCACACAACCAACCACAAUGCAAAAAGCUUCACACAGCCAAUCACAAUGCAAAUAUCUCCAGUCAGAACCACAGUGCAGGGGACUCCACACAGAAUCAACAGUAACACAGAGUUCAAAUCACACCAAACCACGUUCCAAAGAACUCCACACAAACCGGACCAUGAUGACCAUCAGCGACCUCUGUGACAUCACAGACUCGUGGCCCAUACAGCCAAUGAGAAGACAGACUUCUCAUCAUUGGGCAGUGAAGCCGCUCGGACAGUGGCCCUUCUGCUUCUCUCGAGUUUUUCUAGGUACCUGUAGAACGCCUGCAAAUGACCGGCAGAAAUAGCACUCCUCUCCUCUUGUUGAACUUGUUAACCGCGUCGACCCGAUGUGCGUUACUGUGAUCGCUUCCCCUUCUCUGUCCAGCCGACAGACUCCGUUGGGACGGCACGAGGGCUCCGACACGGGCCCACCGCGGCAUGAACACAUCUGUACACUUUGUGAACAUUAAAUAGAAGAAAAAAAAUGAAAAAAGCAAAAAAAAAAAAAAAAUGUUGUUAAAUCGUGUGAGUGUUAAAAUGUGGUAUUUGGACUUCAUGUUCGGCUGUUUUAUCACUUCAUUCGGUUUUAGCCCUUAUGAAAUGUAAUUGUGGUGGCAGUGAGGAAGUGUGUGUGUGUGUGGUUGUGUGUGCGUGCGAGAGUGUCUGUGUGAAUGCAUGAAAGUGUCUGCAUAUCUUUGUCAUAUCUAUGUACAAAAUAUGAGCUCUGAGUUUGUAUAUGUAUGGCUCUGAAGUGUGCAUGUGUGUGUGUGCGUUUGUGUGUGUGUGUGUGUGUGUGUGUGUGUGUGUGUGUGUGUGUUUGUGUGUGUUACUAGGGACUCUUGAUAUUGUUACAUGUACAUAUGUCUCCCAGCAAAUCAGUAAUGCAUGUUCAAGAUGGAGCGCGCUAUAUUUAUUUAACUAAACAUGCUCUUGGAAGUACUGCAAAUGGAAAAGCUUUAUUUAAAAAGGACAAAAAUCAUGUUAGGUAGCUCAGUGACACAUUACUAUCACAACUCACUUGUAUGGCAUUUUAUUAUGAAAUAUAUCCCUUUGGUCCUGGCAAUGCGAAACAUCAACAACCCUUGUGCUAUUUAUUUGUCAGAGGCCAGAAACCUUAUCAGAGGUGCAUCUCUGACGUGAGG